AUGAGUAUCUAUCGUAAUGUCAAGUGUGUGGUUGUCGGUGAUGGUGCGGUAGGUAAGACAUGUCUACUCAUGUCAUAUACCACCAAUGCUUUUCCGGGUGAAUAUAUCCCAACAGUAUUUGACAAUUAUUCAGCAAAUAUAAUGGUCGAUAAUGAACCAGUUAAUCUUGGUUUAUGGGAUACGGCUGGUCAAGAAGAUUACGAUCGUCUUCGUCCAUUAUCUUAUCCUCAAACUGAUGUAUUUCUUGUUUGUUACAGUGUUGUUAAUCCUGCAUCAUUUGAUAAUGUUCGUGCUAAAUGGUCACCAGAAAUAAAACACAACAAUCCUGAUACACCUGUUGUACUUGUUGGUACAAAAUUAGAUUUACGUGAUGAUAAACAUACUAUUGAUAAGCUUUUAGCUCGAAAAUCAGCUCCAAUUAAUACACAAAAAGGUUCAAUGAUGGCACAAGAAAUAGGAGCUGUUGCUUAUAUUGAAUGUUCAGCAUUAACACAGAAGAAUUUAGCACGUGUUUUUGAUAUUGCUAUUCGUGCUGGUUUAGGAAAAUAUCCAAAAAUGAAACAACGAAAAAAAUCACAAUGUCUUUUAUCAUAA